UCCGACGCUUCGGUCGGAUUGACUUAAGCGGUUCCUCGAGGUUCGUGAAGGCAGCAGAGCGGCUGGUCCAAUCAGGAGCGAGCUCAGAGUGACGUAGUGGAUGUAAACAAACAGGACAGCGCGGCCAUUACAGUCAGAAGAGUUCCACUCGUCCUUCUCCUCGGAAUAAACACACCCGUCCAGAGUCCGACAUGAAGGACCCGAGAAUCGGCGACGGCUCGUCGAACAUGUCGAUCAACGAGGUGAUCCUGAACAACCAGUUCAACUCCGAUGAAAAUCCUUUCGCCGAGUUCAUGUGGAUGGAGAACGAGGAGGAGUUCAACAGGCAGGUGGAGGAGGAGCUGUGGGAGGAGGAGUUCAUCGAGCGCUGCUUCCAGGAGAUGCUGGAGGAGGAGGAGCAGUGGGAGUGGUUCAUCCCGUCCCGAGACCUCCCCCCCGGCACCGUCAGCCAGCUGCAGGAGCAGAUCAGUCUCCUGGUCCUGGACGGGGACGUCCAAUCAGACGCGGACUGUGAGGUGGUGGUGGUGAACAGCAGUCUCAACCCCAACGCCAAGGAGUUCACCCCGGGCAUCCAGAAACAUGUCAUGUGACCCCAGCAGGCUCCGCCCCAGCCCUGCCCCACCCCCCAAGCACUGUGACAUCACCA